UCAAGCCCCGAGUGUGCGGUUGAGGAGCUGGGCUACUGACGGGUGGUUUGUCCUCCGGAGACAGUUUCCUCUUCCUGGAAAUUGAAAUAUUGAAAGCAGCUUGACCCGCCUCUCUGGGCUGGUGUGAAGAUCCAGAGAGACCUGGAUGUGAAGGAACUUGGCCAUUGUAACUUACAAGUGGCUCAGUUAUACACUAGGAGUUCAUGUUAACCAGGCAAAACAGAUGCUCUAUGAAUAUGUCGAAAGGAAGCGGAAGGAAAACUCGGGCGCUCAGUUGCAUGUUACCUACCUGGUGUCUGGCAGCCUUAUACAGAAUGGACAUUCUUGCCACAAGGUUGCAGUAGUGAGAGAAGAUAAAUUGGAAGCAGUGAAGUCCAAGCUAGCUGUGACUGCCAGCAUCCAUGUGUACAGCAUCCAGAAAGCUAUGCUAAAGGACAGUGGGCCUCUGUUCAAUACCGACUAUGACAUCCUUAAAAGCAAUUUGCAGAACUGCAGCAAGUUUAGUGCCAUCCAGUGUGCAGCUGCGGUCCCCAGAGCUCCUUCAGAAUCCUCAUCUUCCAGAAAGUUUGAGCAGCCAAACCUUCAGGCAACAAAUGAGACACAAGCCAGUGACCUGACCACCAAUGGCCAUGGUCCACCUGCCUCCAAACAGGCUCCCCAGCAGCCCAAAGGAAUUAUGGGAAUGCUGCUCUCUAAAGCUGGUACUAAAACCCAAGACACCAACAAGGAAACAAAAACAGAGGCUAAAGAAGUAACCAGUGUAUCUUCAGCUGGGGGCAAAGCACCGGGAAAAGGGAAUGUGAUGAGCAACUUUUUUGGAAAAGCUGCUAUGAAUAAACUUAAAGUCAGUUUGGAUUCAGAACAAGGAGCGAAAGAAGGAAAAACAGUGGAGCAGCCUCCAGUGUCUGUCACUGAACCAAAGCCGGCAGCUCCCACAGCUCUGAAGAAAUCGAGCAGGAAAGCAGAGCCUGCGAAGAUCCAGCAGAGGGGGAAGAAAUGGGGGAAGCGAGUAGACCUCUCUGAUGAGGAAGCAAAGGAAACCGGAAACCUGAAGAAAAAGAGGAGAAGAAUCAAGCUUCCUCAGUCCGAUAGCAGUGAAGAUGAAGUCUUCCCAGACUCUCCUGAGAUGUACGAAGCAGAGUCACCAUCUCCACCUCCUCCCGCAUCUCCACCUCCUCCUGCAUCUCCACCUCCUGAUUCUGUGCCAAGACCUGAGCCCCCUCCUGCCAAGAGUUCAAGUGGAGAAAACAAAAGAAAACGGAAGCGUGUCCUGAAAUCUAAAACCUUUGUGGAUGAAGAGGGCUGCAUGGUGACUGAGAAAGUCUACGAGAGUGAGUCGUGCACGGACAGUGAAGAGGAGAGUAAGAUGAAGACGACCUCAGUACACAGACCCCCUGCCACCGCUGUGAAAAAGGAGCCAAAAGAUGAGCGGAAGGGCCCCAGGAAAGGGACAGCUGCUCUGGGCAAAGCCAACAGACAAGUGUCCAUUACUGGCUUCUUCCAGAAGAAGUAACUGCUGUCCCUGGUCAGGGGAGAAGCCCGGCAAGUAGAGCCUGUUACUUACUGUGUAAGUUCGUUCGCCUAGCUCCCUGCCUCAAAGCCUGUCUCAAAGCGCUGCUCUGCCGUCACGGGACACGUGAACUAGUUCUGGUUCUUGCAACCAAAAGGGAGUCAUCUAGAAGCAGGAGGCAAACGAUAUUUGAAAAGCUGUUACAUUGUAAUGAGUUUAUAAAGCACAAUCUUUGGCCUGCCUAGGAGAAUUCAUUUGAGAAUUACCUGCUGGGCCCCCCUCACCCUGUACCAUCCAUGUUCCUCUUCUGGUCCUCUGUAUUCUGUGAACUUGUGUGACAAUGGUUGUAUUUUAUGGAUUCUACUGGAUGUGUUCACCACUUCUCCCUUUCCUCUCUACUGCCACACUCUGUCCCCUGACCCCACAAAUCUGUUUUUUUGUAAAUCUUAGUCAGACAAAAAAGCUGAAGCUGUCUCCGUCAUAGAGUAAGUGACACUCAGCUCCAGGCCAGGCCAGUGUGUAGUGUCCAUUCCUUCCACAGAAGCUCUCCAGAACUCGGCUCAUACUCAGUGGUUAGGACAGAGCACAAAUAAAAAUGUACUGAUGUACCCAGCCUCACCAGAAAUGACCAAGAGUCAGCAUGGCAGGCACUGGGAGAGCUGCCAUGUUGCCAACAGAGGGCAUCCAGUCUACUCCCAUGUUCAUGGUUUCUUUCUCUCAAAUGUUCCAUUCUCGUACCUAGAGAAUAGAACCAAUGCAGUGAGAUAAACCCGAAGAGAAAUGGUAGUUGCCUAUUCCUGGAAGGGAUGGGGAUCUGAAGGUACACAUUUCUACACAGAUGUUGCUCCUCUGUAUUUUCCAAGCCCUCCAUUUGCCCAGCAGUACAGGCUCCCCAGGAAGAGAUGGGGGGCGGGGCUGACUGGUUAUAGAUCUAGACAGUAAUUAAAACAUUUGCUUUUGUACUUUUGUCUGUUCUGACAAUAACUGUCAAGCACCCUCCAUUAUGGCUGGGCAGGAGGUGAGAGCCAUCUAGGUUGUGUGGCAGUGGCUUUGCACACUGACUGGGGGAAGGGAGCACAGACGUGAUGCGCCCUGAUUCACUCUCGGAGGAUGAGGGGUGUCUGACCCGACCCCUCCACUGAGGCCUGGCUUGUGUCAUGAGAGAUGGAAGCAGCUGCCUACUGUUGAAGGUCAGGCUUGGGGCUGACCUUGGCAUUGACACAGCUGUUUUAGCAACCAAUCACAGGCUUGAUUAAGACCAGCAGCUUGGGAGAUGAGUCCUGGCCUUCUGUGGAAGGCUCGGGGCCGAAGCUUUGCACAUCAAACUGAGUAAAGGUUGGUGCGCUCCAAACCUUUUUUUUUUGAAAGUGGAAAGAGUGUAAUGCCUGGACUUAAGCUUGACAAAACCCUUCUGGAGAAGAAUCCCUUAUUUUAAGUGGUUAUUUUUGUCAUUGCCUGUAGCCAUUUUUCUAAAUGGAAAUGGAAAAGUACAAGGCAACAAUCCAGUCGUUAAAGAAAUGUGAUUAUGAUGGGUUUCCUAAUAAAUCGGAAUGUGGACUGGGGCUGUGCUGCAGGUCGCGGUUGCACUCCGAAGGGAGAACGCGAGUCUCUGACCCCUGGACCCAACACCACCUGAGCUCUGAGCUCCUGCAAAGCUGGGCAAGCAUCGACUGGUUGCACUUUCUCCCCAUUCUAUAUCGUACUCAACCCCGAGUUAAAUAAAUCUGAGGUGCUGUUUUGAAACCGUCCUUCAAA